AUGGCUGACCCUUUUCAAUUCGAGCCGCCGGAUUUGGACGAUGAUGAUUCAGCUGGCACUGGCGUUGGCACCGGCAUGAACUUUGACGAUCUCAUGUGGUCUCCAGCAGCCAAUCGCUUGGCCAGUGAGCAGCCCUCAGCGGCACCACCAACUACUGGAAGCCCUGAGGGCAAUGGCAUUGCCGACGACGAUUGGGGGACUUUUCGGGCCAGCUCUGCCGUCAGCGCUGCACCAUCCAACGACUUUGGUGAUUUCACUGCGUCAGGAAGCGUCAAGGCUGAUGCGCCCACGAGUGCCAAGGCGGCGGAAGAGCAACAUGCCUCAGAGUCGAAUCUUGGAGAUUUUAGCGCACUCACCAAUGCCGCGGCGGAGGAGCCCAAGGCAGAUGAGCCAAAGGACGAGCCGGAUUUUGGAGACUUUAGUGCCCCCACGAGCGCCAAAGCAGAUGAGCCACAGGACGAGCCAAAGGAUGAGCCGAAUUUUGGAGACUUGAGUGCCCCCACGAGCGCCAAAGCAGAAGAGCCGGAUUUUGGAGACUUUAGUGCCCCCACGAGCGCCAAGGCAGAUGAGCCACAGGACGAGCCAAAGGAUGAGCCGAAUUUUGGAGACUUUAGUGCUCCCACGAGCGCCAAGGCAGAGGAACCGAAGGACAAGCUCAAGGAGGAGCCAGACUUCGGAGACUUUAGUGCCCCCACGAGCGCCAAAGCAGAAGAGCCGGAUUUUGGAGACUUUAGUGCCCCCACGAGCGCCAAAGCAGAUGAGCCACAGGACGAGCCAAAGGAUGAGCCGAAUUUUGGAGACUUUAGUGCUCCCACGAGCGCCAAGGCAGAGGAACCGAAGGACAAGCUCAAGGAGGAGCCAGACUUCGGAGACUUUAGUGCCCCCACGAGUGCCACGGCAGAGGAACCGAAGAAUGAGCCAAAGGACGAAUCGAAGGAUGAUUUUGGAGACUUUACGCCAAGGCAGAGGAACCGAAGGAUGAGCCAAAGGAGGAAGCCAGAUUUUGGAGACUUUAGUGCCCCCAUGAGCGCCAAAGCAGAAGAGCCGGAUUUUGGAGACUUUAGUGCCCCCACGAGCGCCAAAGCAGAUGAGCCACAGGACGAGCCAAAGGAUGAGCCGAAUUUUGGAGACUUUAGUGCCCCCACGAGUGCCAAGGUAGAUGAGCCGGAUUUUGGAGACUUUAGUGCCCCCACGAGCGCCAAGGCAGAUGAGCCACAGGACGAGCCAAAGGAUGAGCCGGAUUUCGGAGACUUUAGUGCUCCCACGAGCGCCAAGGCAGAGGAACCGAAGGACAAGCUCGAGGAGGAGCCAGACUUCGGAGACUUUAGUGCCCCCACGAGCGCCACGGCAGAGGAACCGAAGAAUGAGCCAAAGGACGAAUCGAAGGAUGAUUUUGGAGACUUUAGUGCCCCCACAAGCGCAAAGCAGAUGAGCCACAGGAAGAGCCGGAUUUUGGAGACUUUAGCACCCCCACGAGCGCCAAAGCAGAGGAACCGACAGGACGAGCCCAAGGAUGAGCCGAAUUUUGGAGACUUUAGUGCCCCCACGAGUGCCAAGGCAGAUGAGCCGGAUUUUGGAGACUUUAGUGCCCCCACGAGCGCCAAGGCAGAGGAACCGAAGAAUGAGCCAAAGGACGAAUCGAAGGAUGAUUUUGGAGACUUUAGUGCCCCCACGAGCGUCAAGGCAGAUGAACCGAAGAAUGAGCCAAAGGAUGAGCCAGAUUUUGGAGACUUUAGUGCCCCCACAAGUGGCAAAGCAGAUGAGCCACAGGAUGAGCCGGAUUUUGGAGACUUUAGCACCCCCACGAGCGCCAAAGCCGAGGAACCGAAGGACGAGCCCAAGGAUGAGCCGGAUUUUGGAGACUUUAGCGCUCCCCCGAGCGCCAAGGCAGAAGAGCCGGAUUUCGGAGACUUUAGUGCUCCCACGAGCGCCAAAGCAGAUGAAUCGAAGAAUGAGCCACAGAAUGAGCCAGAUUUCCGAGACUUUAGUGCCCCCACCAGUGCCAAAGCAGAAGAGCCGGAUUUUGGCGAUUUCAACGCACCCGCUAGCGCCAAGGCAGAGGAACCAGGCUUGAGUAACUUUGAAGCGAGCACUGCUUCCUCUUCUACUCCGUCUUACCGGCUGCACAAUGUGGCAACCUUGUGCAAAGAAGCUCUGGUCUGUGCAUCUGUUUCCACAGCAUCGGUCCCAAAUUUUUGUCCAUGGUCCUUACUCAUCUGCAUGACCUUUAGACAUCGGCAGUACACGGGCAGAAAGCACCCUCUUUAG